UUCCAUCCCUAAAAAUUAUAUUCAAUUUUAAAACAUUUGAUAAAUUAUAUUUAAAAAAUAUUAUUGGUUGAUAGAUUAACCCACGUGAGGAUAAGUUUAAAAUAAUUAAAUUAUUUUAAUGUUCGCAAAGUUUAUUUUUUCCCUUCAGAGUUCCAAACUUUUUACUCACACAAUUACUAAACGCCUUUUCUCCACUGCUAACACUCGGAAUAAUCUUCACAGUAAUCUUCACAGUAGUACUCACAAUGGUAUAAACAGUGGUAUAAACAAUAGUUUUCACAGUGGUAUAUACGAUAGUGAGCUCCCUUUGAGGUUGAAAACGGGUAAAAUUACCUACUACGACGUUUUACAAGUUCCCGCAAACGCAUCCCAAAGUGAUAUCAAAAAGGCGUUUACGAGAUUGGCGAAGGAGUAUCACCCGGACAUGAACAAGAACAAAGAUACGAGGGCAAUUUUCCUAUGCAUUAAAGAGUCACACGAUACACUAACCAAUCACAACAAACGCAUUCUCUACAAUCAAUCUCUCAAUAAAUCUGCUGACAGUGUUCGCUCUAAAAUCUUACGUAGACCCUCAGGAACAGGUAACACAAUCAAUUUAUUACUUGUAGGAAUGGAUUCUGCCCGCUGGGAGCGUUAUGAACGAUAUACUAAAGGGGAAAGAAAUGAUUCUCUGGAAGACCCACACACCUGGAUCAAAAUUAUCGGAUCCAUAGUUGUUUCCUGCAUCACCGUUUCCAUUGGAUGUCUCAUCUUCGGACAUAUUCUCACACAGUUUCCCUCCUCCAGUGUGGACGACGUGUAUGAUGUGGGAUCGGUGCGGGAUGAGCGUAUGGUGGAUGCGUAUUAUAAUCCGAUAACUGAGCGUUGGGAGCGGAUCAUAGCGCCAUUUGCGCCUCCGAAUCCCGAGGUGCUAAUCUCACACUACCAACUUGACACCUCAGAACUGAAGAUACCACAGAAACUCACCACUCUACGGAUGCCACUGAGACUUACAACAAGACCCACAAUACUUUACGAUAAAAAUAAACAAAAACCUGUCCUCAUACAAUCCUAACAGUUAAAUGAUAAGGUAAAAUGAACUAACGUAAACUGAACUAACGUAAACUGAACUAACGUAAACUGAACUAACGUAAACUGAACUAACGUAAACUGAACUAACGUAAACUGAACUAACGUAAACUGAACUAGGGUAAAC